AUGCAAGAGACCGUCGCCAUGCCCGUUGCCGGCUCCAGCAACCGAGGCAAGGAUCGCGAUAGCAGAAUCCAAUCCGCCAAAAAGAAGCUCAAGUCCUACCAAGCCAAGCAGGCGCAGGCUGAAAAGGCAAAGCGAAUCUCGAUGAACUACACUGGCGGCUCGGCCGGUCCAAGCCGCCAACAGCGAUCUUCGUCGCCGACGUCCAUCGUGGGAAACGUCAUUGAGAACGCGGCCAGGCAGAGCAAUGGCCAUCUCUUCGCCUCUGACGUGGGAGAGAGCGCUGGAAGCCGUCCCUCGUCGGCUGGAGAUGUGUCGCAGGUCCAACAGCAGCAGCAUUCAAGGAGGCAUUCUCGAACGUCGUCCCGUGCCGGCCACGGUCGAGGACACUCGAGGACCGGGUCAAUCUCCUUUUCUCAGACUGCCCUUGCACAGGCAACCUUUACGGCCGCCGUCGCAGCCAACACAGGUCUUGCAGAGAACAGCACCGCUCCAGCUACUCGACACUCGACGAGCUUUGUAGCCAACACGGCCACGAGCCACACAAGAGGUCACUCCCGGAGCGGCUCGAGAAGCGCAACAGGCCGGGCUCGCCCCGUUAGCUUCUUCGGAGGUGCAAAGCACGAAAUCAAAGUUUCGCUCAUCGACGAGUCCCUCUUCGGCGGCAAGCCAAAGGAGGCUAAGAUCGAUGCAGACGAAGCUGCACGGGGCGAUUGGGACGACGUCGAUGCUCAGAUCGAAGACGAGUGCCUCAAAACACCAACAAUGGCCCAGCCGUCGGCCUUCCAGACGGCUCCAUCGACGCCUGCAGAUGCGAUCGUCGAUACUUCCAACGAUAUCACACCGCAGCAGCCAAAGGCGCAUGCUCGCAGGGCCAGCCGUCACACGCGCAAAUCAAGCGUAGCCACAAAGAGGGAGAGCAUGGAGAUUAUGGGCGGUCUGGGCCUCCUCGCAGCCAUGAGUCAAGCGCCGUCAUCGGACAGCUUGAGCAGCAGUGCGAACCGUCGCAGAAGCUCGAACCGGUUCAGUGGGCUGCAGUCUGCCAGUGUCCUUUUCGGCAACUCACCACUGGCCUCCUCUUCCGACAUUGCGGCCGACCGUCGGUCCGGUGUUCGACUCUCACACCAGCGCCAGCCCUCUGGUAUCAACAGCGAUUGGCGGAGCGCCCUGCAGGCCGCGCGUGAGAACGACAACGACGACGAGCGUCUCACGGCUCUCGAAAAGCUCGAAGGUCGUAGACCAUCGUCCUCAUCGCCGGGUCAGCACCGUGAGACACGGUCGGACCUCAACGACAGGAGGCACUCGCGUCAAAGCAGUGUCCAGCUGCCGUCCUUUGAUGAUGUCCACGGUCCAGACGGCAUGGACAAGCGAGCGAGCCUCAACUUGCUUGAGUCAAACAUGGCCUCGACGAGCAGCGAGCGCCCGUCUUCGAUCAUCGGUGCCCGUGGCCUCGCCCCUCCCGUGGCGAGUGGUGGUGUAGCAGCUGCUGUCGCGCUUGGGGGCGGUACCAGCCCUUCGCUGCCGUCAGAGUCCCCGGCCGUCACCGCGAGCGCCGAGUCCACUGCUACUUCUGCCCGGCCCCAGUCGAUGUUCCUCUCUGGUGAUCAGCUGGAAGGUCUGGGAACUCUUCUUGAGGAGGAGGAAGAAGAGGAAGAAGGGGCAUCCAUGUCGCCAGUCAAGGAAAAGGCAUCGUUCAUGGACCAGGAGCGCAAACGCCAAAAGGAAGCCGAGCAGGAGGCCGUGAAGAGGAGCAGGCGGGCGAGCCUGACGCCGCGUCCGCUGAAGCUCAAGAGCCGACCGGCGAGUCUCUUUAUGGGCUCGCAACUCGGAACCAUGACGCCUAGCAUGUCGCUUCCGACCAUGUCUGCCUCUUCGUCGUCCCAGGAAGAGUCCGAGCCGGAGAAAAGCGCAGACUCUGAGGCAUCGAUUGCGUCCAGCGAGCCGGACCGUGCUCGCAUUUCGUCGAACCAUGCAACUCUCGACUCGAACGCGGGGGCACCCUGGUCUCUUUCGAGCGCUCAGCAGAAGCUUGCCGAUGCGCGUGCCUCACCGUCUCCGAAGGAUCUUCCCAGUAUUGAUACGAAGAGGAGCUGGCGCUCUUCGAUGCCGGCUCCACCGCGUGGCAUGAGCUCGGCCAUCUCGUCCGCUUCAUCCGUCCCCUCUGCCACCAACCAACCCACUAGUUCCACUCCCCCUCGACAGGGCAUGCGCGCACUUCGCUUAGGAAGCAGCGGUCUCUCCACGUCGACAUCGGCAGCCGAUCUCGAACGCUCUGCGGCCCAGCAUCCAGUUCCCAACGAUUCAAUCAGCUCAGAGGCAAGUACCAAGUCGGCGUCGACCAAUUCUGCAUCCAACCGCCGCGGGAGCAUCAUCUACAACCCGGCCCCGAAUAUGCCUUCGCCCCUCGCCGUCUCUCGCGAAGACCUCGGCCACGGCGUUCCCUCUUCCUCUCCCGUCAUUUCUUCUAAUGCUUCCGGGGUCACGGGCAUGCGGCGGAGCAGCAUCCAUUACAAGGCCGCCUCGCCGAGUACACCAACCAAGACCAAUGCUCCGGGCUCUGCUCCUGCCGAGACUGUCGGUACAAAUUCGCCCGCCCCAAGCUAUUUCCCACCACAGUCUGCUCCAGCGUCGAGCGCUGCGGCUGGCGGCGGUGUUCCCAUGCCAAUGUUCGAGGAGCUCAAGUCAAAGCAUCAGCGCGAUGUGGCUCUGCUAGACGACGUCCGCAAGGAGGUUGCCCGUCUCAACCGUGAGAUGGCUCACGAGACGGAGCGGUCCACGCGCGAAUACACUGAACUGGAGCGCUGGAGCGCCGAGGAGAAAAGAGGCCUGGGUACUCGCAUCGAACACCUCGAGACGGCCAUCGCCGAAAUCGUGGCUGUGCGAGACGCUCGCGAAGACGCUUUCAAGGAGGAAAGGGAAAAGGUCGAAGAAGAGCUCCGGCAGAAAGCGGAGAAGCUCGAGGAUGCAGAGGCCGAGCGAGACAUGCUCCAAGACGACGUCGAAGGCUGGAGGACACGGUGCGGCGAUUUGGAAAAGUCGUCGCAAAAGGACCGUGCGGUACUCGACGAGGAAAAACGGCUCCGCGCAAAUGCGCAGAGCAAGGUCAAGGAACUCCUCGACCUCGUCGACCAGCACGGCAUUGCACCGCCCCGUCCUCGGCAAGAGUAUGCGGCCGACGACGUCAGCUAUGCCGAUUUCCCAAUGGAUCUUGUCUCAGCGCUCAGGAGUCCCGCGCUGGGUGGUGCGAGCCCAUCGGCGAAUGCGGGCUACUUCUCGCCAAAGAUUCCCCAGCACGACGGUGCAGCUUCCCUUCCUCCCCCUCAGGCCGUGAAGCUGCUCAAGGAUAUGCGUCAGCAGAUCUUUAACCUUGCCGGCAGUCUUGAGCACGAGCGAUCGGAACAUCUCAAGGCCAAGGAGGAGGCCGAUGCGCUUAGGGCAGAGAAUGCCAGGCUCGCCAGCUCUUUCCAGGACGCCUCUGGAGUCAACUCAACCUUCAACACGACGAUCAGCAGCGGAGGAGACAGCCCGCUUCGCCGCGAUGGAGGGGCGUACAAGGGUGAAGACAGCACGUUUGACGAUGUGAACGGCGGCAUGAGCUGCUCGACGACGCUCAGUAGCCUCACUUCAACACCACCAAAGACGACGCCCACCAAAGAUGCGAAUGUGCAGAGGAGCAGCUCAGGCAGUGGCAUGGUGGGCAAGAACCGAAAGCACGUCUUUGCCUAUGACAGCAGCAUGGGAAGCGCCAGCUUUGGCAGCGGCAGCGUGGGCACCAAUCUGUCGAGCGGAUUGACAUCGGAGCACGACCACCACCACCAGCACAACGAACAUGACUCUUCGUCCCAGAAGGGUAGCCAGGACCAUCUGACUGGAGCCAUGGAUGUCCUGGACGGCGUCGCAGCUUCGGAAGCCGAUUUGGUCGGGCUGGGCGUCAGCAAGCUGCAGACUUUGGAUGAGGAAGAGGAGGCGACGACCGAAGCAGAAACUCCGGGCAGCAAUGCGCCCACGCCUGUUCCUUAUGCUCAAGAUCGUGUUCAGACUGUCGAGGAUUCAGCUCGCGACUCCUUUGAUCUCGAGGCCGGUGCCGACAUUGACGUUGAGUCGAUCGCUCCUUCCACACCUGCGUUGGACCGCCGCGAUGAGGCAGAGCAGGGUGGAGCGCUGCCCGUAGUCGCCAUCAGCGGCGAAAUGAGCGAGGCGGGCCACUCCAAGUCGAGCACGCAGUCCAGUGCAUCGUCAUCGGCUGAAUCCCACGGUCCUGUGUCGCCGUAUGCAAGCGGUGAAGACGAGCAAAGGGAGAGCCGAUUCAAUGACGAUGGUCUCGACACGUUUGACUCGGCCCUCUGGUGCGGAGACGACCACUUUGUCGAAGACUACCUCGAUGAAGAAGCCGACGAGGCUGGCUCCGUGGCCCGACCAGAAUUCAUCCGCGAAUGGAGCUUCCAGAAGGCCUCGGAGGCGAUCCGAGCCAAGCGAGCAAAGGCGGCCGAGUACCGCCGCGCUCGGGUUGAGGCGGCUCGGAAAGGGCUCGAACACCGUCGGCAAGAGGAGGAGCGACAGCGCAAGAAGCGAAGGCCAAGCAUCGAUGACUUCUUCGGCAUCAUGAAGCUUGAUGAGUCGAUGUCACUUCCUGCCCUGCCGACGCCCGAUGAGGCUCUGGACAUGCCGCCCGUGUACAUCGACCAGCACAGGGCCGAUUCUCAGCGUUUCUCUGCAGGGAGCAAUUACGACAACAGCCCGAGAAUGUCGAUGCGUAUCGAUGGACCUGCAUACAGCUACCAUCCACAGCACCAGCACCAGCAGCAACGACCGCCCGUGGCCAAGAGCGCAUAUGUGGCCGCAACACGGGACAGCGGCAACUACAGGCCCAUGUCUUCGUCUUCCCUCGCCCAAGACGGUGGCAGGUUCUCUCAAGACUACUAUCAGCAACAACAACAACAGCAGCUGCAGCAGCAGCAGCAGCAGCCAGCUUCUGUACAGGAGCAGCAGGUAGCGGCGGCGGCGGCAGCAGCAGCGGGCGGAGGAAUGUUGUCUCGGGUCAGCCUGUCAGGCUUGACGAGCGCCUUCUCCGGCUUGGGCGGGUACCUGCUCAGUGGCCAAGGCAACGCUGUCAAUAUGGCUGCCGCGGCCACAAAGGCCUGCACACGGUCCGACGAUCCCGAAAAUCACUAUCACAACGAGGACGGCGGCAGCAUCAGCUGGACUGCAACCCGUCGUCUCGAGGAGGCUUAA